AAGCCUCGGAGGUCGGUGGCGCUACCUGCGAGCGGAGACGUGGUGGUGAGCGUCCCGGGGUGUGAACCCGGUGAUGGACCCAGAUGGAAAAGUCGAGCUGCGGCGAUCGGUGCUGCUGCCCUGGCUGCUUUUCCUGUGGUCCGGGCUGGCCCAGGGCGAGCUCCCCUUCGGCAGCCACCCGCACAGGGUCCUCCGCGACCUCCUGUCGGAGCAGCAGUUGCUGGAGGUGGAGGACUUAUCUCUGUCCCUGCUGCAGGGUGGAGGACUGGGGCCGCUCUCGCUGCCCCCGGACCUGCCAGAUCUGGACCCUGAGUGCCGGGAGCUGCUGCUAGACUUCGCCAACAGCAGCGCAGAACUGACCGGGUGUAUAGUACGCAGCGCCCGGCCGGUGCGCCUCUGUCAGACCUGCUAUUCUCUCUUCCAACAGGUCGCUAACAAGAUGGACAACAUCAGCCGAGCUGUGGGGAAUACUUCAGAAAGUCAGAGUUGUGCCAGAAGUCUCUUAAUGACAGAUCGAGUCCAAAUAGUUGUGAUCCUCUCUGAAUUUUUUAAUUCCACAUGGCAGGAGGCAAAUUGUGCAAAUUGUUUAACAAACAACAGUCAAGAGUUGUCAAACAGCACAGUACAUUUCCUCAAUCAAUUUAAUUACACCUUGACCUGCUUUGAGCAUAACCUUCAGGGGAACUCACAUAGUCUUCUACAGCUAAGAAAUUAUUCUGAAGUAUGUAAAAACUGUCAUGAAGCAUACAAAACUCUUAGUAGUCUAUACAGUGAAAUGCAAAAAGCAAAUGAACAUGAGAAUAAGGCUGAGCCUGGAACACAUUUAUGCAUUGAUGUCGAAGAUGCAAUGAAUAUUACUCGAAAACUUUGGAGUCGGACUUUCAACUGUUCAGUCCCUUGCAGUGACACCGUGCCUGUAAUUGCUGUUUCUGUGUUCAUUCUCUUUCUACCUGUUGUCUUCUACCUUAGUAGCUUUCUUCACUCUGAGCAAAAGAAACGCAAACUUUUCCUACCCAAACGUCUCAAGUCCAGUACCAGCUUUGCAAACAUUCAUGAAAAUUCAAACUGA